AUGCUGGGAGUGCCGGCCUAUCACACCCAAAGCGCAGCAACUGAGGAGAGAAGAGCCAACACCGCAGUGGGGAACGCUGCCAUUAAUGCGUGUGCACGCUUUCCAGUGGUUCCGCUUGCAACGCUGGGAGUGGCGGUAGCAGGUGGUGAAGGCACAGCAGGAGACUGCAAUGGGGAAGAUGGUGGCUGGGGGGAGGGUGGGGAGGAGGGGGAGGGUGGGGAGGAAGGAGGGGAGGGGGGGAAGGGUGGGGAGGAGGGGGAAGGAGGGGAGGAAGGAGUGGAGGGGGGGAAGGGUGGGGAGGACGGGGAGGGAGGGGAGGAAGGAUGGGAGGGGGGGAAGGGAGGGGAAGAGGGGGAGGGAGGGGAGGAAGGAGGGGAAGGGUAG